AUGUUGCACUCCAAUCCCGAGGAGCCCCCAAGCUCAACGGCCGAGACACAGAUAGUCGCUUCAGAGGCGAAACUAGAGCAGCGUGCCUCUUCUCCCCCAAACGCUAAUGAAAGCACCUCGACAGCCGCUGGCUUGAAGGAGCAAGCGGAAGAGUCUGAGGAGGAAGAAUGGUGGCCGCGCAUCAAAAUGGAGCUCAAAGACCCCAAUCAGACUGCAAACUCUGAAGAGACGGAUGAAGGAGCCGAGACUGGAGAGAUGGGAGCCGAGACUCCCAAGAUGGCGCACGACUCAAUGGUCACCGUCAGGCUCUCCGAGCCGCCGUCCCUGAGUCUCGAUACUGGAGUUACACCUGGUGCCGGCCCGCUGACACCUACCUCGCCUAUUGCGGAAGAGACCUCGACAGAAGCUGACAGCCUCAAAAAGGCCAGAGACACAGAAACUCGUGACAGCCUCCGGAGAAUAUCUAGAGUCUCGGCACCUGUGAUCUCACCAACCGACACUGGUCGUACCCUCCAAGACGAACUCGGCCUGGGUAGUGUGGACGGCAACGAGACUGACUCGUCCGAAGAUAACGAAGAGGUGAACUGGGCACAGCUUCAAAAGACCGAAGACGAGCAAACAAAGGAUGAGGAAACGGACAAUUCGACUGCUCUUCUCCUGGCACGUCUGGAACAGGAAAAUGCAAAGCUGGCUACGAACCCGAAGAGUGUCAAAGUUCAGACUGUGGAAAAGCUUUCGUCAACCAAACCGCGGCCGCCGUCCAUGGCUCAACUGAAAAAGAUGGUCAGCGGUCCAACACCUGCGGCCCUUCGAUAUUCCAUGCUACCGCCUCCCCCAAUGACUGAUUUGGAAUUCUAUGCGGCUCUUGUCAAAGAUUAUCAGCAAACCGCAGCUCGUCUGCCCACUCUUUUGUCCAACAAAAUUCGCAAGGGCAUCCCACCUCCGUUGAGAGGCGUCGUGUGGCAAAGCAUGUCGGGUGCUCGUGACUCACUUCUUGAGGAACAAUACGAGCGUUUCUGUGGCGAAACUAGCCCAUACGAGCUCAUCAUUGGCAAAGACCUCGGACGAAGUUUCCCCGGAGUCGACUUGUUCCGUGAUCCCGAUGGGGAUGGGCAACUGAUGUUGGGCAGAGUACUGAAAUCCUUCAGUUUGUAUGAUACAAAGAUAGGUUAUUGCCAGGGGUUGGCAUUCCUCGUUGGGCCUCUGUUAAUGCAUAUGCCCGACAAACAGGCGUUUUGCGUACUUGUUCGGCUCAUGGAGAAAUACGAUCUACGGGAUUGUUUUCUGCCUGACUUGUCCGGAUUGCACGUUCGGAUAUAUCAGUUCCGCGAACUCCUCCGACAGAACUUGCCUGCCUUGGCUGAUCAUCUCGACAAACUCCAGGUAGAGCCAGCCUAUGUCUCCCAGUGGUUCCUCAGCUUCUUUGCCGUGACGUGCCCUCUGCCAAUGCUUUUCCGGAUCUACGAUGUCAUUUUUGCUGAGGGGGCCUCUGAGACUUUGAUGCGUGUCGCACUAUCGCUCAUGAGAAAGAAUGAAACGCGCCUCAUGGUGUGUACAGAACUGGAAGAUGUAAUGCAGCUUCUUCUCUCUCGAGGAUUGUGGGACUGCUACCACUACAACGCGGAUGAGUUUGUACAGGAUUUUGCCAGCUUAAGCGGCGCCGUCACUAGAGAGAGGCUAUCACAGCUGGCGCAAGCAUACCGGGAGUCCCUAAUUGCAACAGCCAACUUUGCACGAAUGUCCGACAUCACUACUGCUGCCAGCCGUUUUCUUGGUCGUAUUUGGGCUGCAUCGAGCAAGAAUGGCAGCUUAACCCCUGUUUCGACGGCCGGUCCUGUUCGACCGCUGAGUAUGCUCCGCCGCAGCACGUCCAAGCAAAGCAUAGCUUCGACUCUGAAUUCCAUGGAAGCAAGCUCUGCAAGUGUUGUGAGCACACCCUCGACGGCUGCAUCUACAAUAUCCCGAGAUUCUGCGAAUGGCGAAGACCAAGCAUCAAGCCGGGAAUCGACCCCAGUCGGACCGAAAACGACGACAAAUACCAAAACUACGGAGGAGAGAUAUUUGCACAGUCAAAUUGAGGAUUUGUUGACAGCUCUAAGCGAACUCCAAAGGAACCAUACACUUCUUUCUCAUCAGCUGCAGUCCGAGCGGGAAGAGCGAGACGAGGACAAAAAGACCGUUCAGUCACUACUAGAUGGCUUGCGUAAAAGGGUAGUCAGUCAUGAGGAGGCCAAAGGUCAAGAGGAGAUGCCGUCAUCAGGGGCUGAGCAAGGAGCGCCACCCAUGGAAACGGAAGAAGAUGACGCGACACCCACGAUGGAGGAUCCGGCGGUGGAGGUAAAAUCCGCAAGGGGGGACGAUGAUGGCGGAAACACACCAUCAACGGAAGACUUGUCUGAACUUUUGAAAAGAGUCGAGAGUCGAUUUGCAAUGGAUAACAAGAAGCAUCGAUCGUCGGUGCUUCAAUCCAAGUCCCAGCUUCGCGAAGAGCUUCUCGACACCAGGAGCCAACUUGCCAGUGCCGUGGCACACUCUCAAGAGCUCAGUCGCCGAAUACAUGAAAUGGAUCAGGAGCUCUCCGCUAUGAGGGAGCAGCUUCGCGAAAGACAUGGACAUGUGAGGACGCUGCAUCAGGACAGACAGCGACUAGAAAAGCAGAUUCACGGCAUGAGGGCGAGGAUUUCGAGCAGCUCUGCAUCAGAGCCCAAUCAUCGAGAUGCCGCCGACGCGGACUGGGUGGCCAAGGGCAAGAAUGGUGGCUUAAGGGAGUUCAAGCUUGGCCGAAGCAAAUCUACGCCGCAGGCCCCCGGGUAUAGUAGGAGGAUGUCAUCUCUGCCUCUGAAUCCCGAGUCCGUACUCGGUGCUGGUUCAGGAACUGUGACGCCGCCAAAUGAACAUGAGGCAUUACUUCUUGAACUCGUCCAAGCCAAGACAGCCGAGGCGACAGCGAAGCAGGAAGCCGAAGAGGCUAAGCAGAAACUAGAGGCUCUCCGAAAAGCACACAUUUCGCCACUGUCAGAGUCGCAAGCUUCGGUAUCGGGCUCGACACCUCUUGGGGUGUUUGGUCGACUCACAGGACAGGCAACGACGCCGCCUACCGAAAACAACUUCAAACCAACAGCAACCACUGGUGGUACGUCCCCCAACACCGGAGGAUUUUGGGGGUGGAGAAGAUGA